AAGCGGCGGCGCAGGCUCGGGCGGGUCCCCGGUGCGCGCAGCGGGCUCGGCUCCCUUCCCGGGCCUCGGUCCCUGAGACCCCCCCGCCCCGUCCCGCCCCCGCCAUGAUCCUGCUCGAGGUCAACAACCGCAUCGUGGAGGAGACGCUGGCGCUCAAGUUCGAGGGCGCGGCCGCCGGGAACAAACCAGAGGCAGUAGAAGUAACAUUUGCAGAUUUCGAUGGAGUCCUUUAUCAUAUUUCCAACCCCAAUGGAGACAAGACGAAAGUGAUGAUCAGUAUUUCUCUGAAAUUCUACAAAGAGCUACAGGAACAUGGUGCUGAUGAGUUAUUGAAGAGAGUGUAUGGAAACUUCUUGGUAAACCCAGAAGCAGGUUACAAUGUCUCUUUGCUAUAUGACCUGGAGAAUCUUCCUGCAGCCAAGGAUUCCAUUGUGCACCAAGCUGGCAUGCUGAAGCGGAACUGCUUUGCCUCUGUCUUCGAGAAGUAUUUCAAAUGCCAGGAAGAGGGGAAGGAUGGGGAGAAGAGAGCUGUCAUCCAUUACAGGGACGAUGAGACGAUGUACGUUGAAUCAAAGAAGGACCGCGUCACGGUUGUGUUCAGCACAGUAUUUAAGGAUGACGAUGACGUGGUGAUUGGAAAGGUGUUCAUGCAGGAAUUUAAGGAAGGCCGCCGUGCCAGUCACACAGCUCCACAGGUGCUCUUCAGCCACAGGGAGCCCCCCCUUGAACUGAAAGACACAGACGCAGCAGUAGGUGACAACAUUGGCUACAUCACUUUUGUGCUGUUCCCCCGCCACACCAGCACCGCUGCCAGGGACAACACCAUCAACCUGAUCCACACGUUCCGGGACUACCUGCACUAUCACAUCAAAUGCUCCAAGGCCUAUAUUCACACGCGUAUGAGGGCAAAAACGUCAGAUUUCCUCAAGGUGCUGAACCGUGCCCGUCCAGACGCGGAGAAGAAGGAAAUGAAAACAAUCACGGGGAAGACGUUCUCAUCCCGUUAACGCAUGGGAUGUGGCGGAGGCCGCCGCUGAAGACAGAAGGCUGGAGCACUUGCUACUUGAUAAUCGUAGCUUUUAAUGUUGCACCUCUCUGGGCUCUUAAGGAAUCAACCAAUCGGGUUCUGUUUUGUACAAGUUUGGGAAGUAAUCUGCGGAAACGAGCUGUGCUUGCAAGGACUUACUAGUUCAAAAAAAACAAACAAACCACAAACCAACCUUAAUUCCAUUUUGAUCAGUUUAAUUUCUUUUCUUUUUUCUUUUUUCUUUUCAAGCUGUUUUGCUUUGCAAUAUGUUACUGGUAAUGAGUUGCAGUAUUUCUUAUGAGAAUAAUGCAAUAUUAACUUGUUUUCUUCUGAGUAUUUGAGUUCAAAACUCCUGUAUCUGAAGAAAUACUGUUGGGGUUCAUUAAUAAAGGAGAUCUUUCUAUCUUAA